AUGAGUAUCAGGAAGCAAGUGAAAUCAGGAAAGAAUCGGGGGAAAUUAUUUUAUAGUUGUAGUAAAUUUGGAACUUCGAUGCACGAUGAAAGAUGUGAUUUUUUUAGUUGGGAAGAACCAAGGAUCGUAAAUACACCUCUUAAAUUCUCAAGGCAAGGAAGAACUUGUAAUGAAUUCUUUUACAGAAAUGAAGAAGUAAACGUAACCCCCACUAAGCCAUCACAUGCAUCACCAGUGAAAACGAUUUCUCAAUUAUAUAAUUCUAGCAAGUAUAAUAGAAAUAACAAACCCAAAUAUACUUGUGAAUUAAAUACGUCAACAAUAUUUGUGGAUAAAAAAACUGAUCGGAUCCCACGGGAGGUAUUACAAGAUUCUGUAGACAAUAAUCAAGAUAUUCGGAGUUAUCUCAAGAAGUUGGAAAUGGAGCUUGAUUAUACCAAAAGAGAAUUGAACAGGACAAAAGUAGAGUGCAAUAACCUAGAGAUCUCAAAUGUAGGGUUAAAGAGGAAGUUACAAGAUGAAAAGGAGAGAAACGAAUCUUUGGUCAAAUCAAACAAAAGAAUAAGAAAAGAUUUAAAUGAUAAAAACAAAAAGAUCUUGAGAAUGAUGCAACGGGAUGCAUAUAAAUGA